AUGGCAAUCUACCGUAUUAUAGGCGCCAAACUUUCCACGGCUGGACGCGCUACUGGACAAAGUAGUGCUAUCCCAGCCUGGAGAAUAAGAAUUGAAGAACGUAUCGCAAAGGCUAGGGCCCUCAUCGGCAGACUGAUAUGCUUCAGGUCAGGCAAUACCAGGCCAAGGAUUGUGCGCACCGUCAGGAUGGCGUUUGCUGGGACAAAUAGUGAUCAGAAGAGGCUCUAUAAAUCAUUGGAGCGACCAAUAGUAAGUAGAACGGGCCCAGCAACAAAUCAGGCCGACACGGUCGCAUUCUGGCGCAGCCUGUGGUCAAAGCCCGUAAACCACAACGAGGGCCCUUGGACGGAAGUUGUGGCGAGGCAGUGUGCGGGUAUUACGCCCAUGGACCCCGUCAUCAUAACGCCGGAUGACGUAGCUGAGGCGUCUGAAGAUUCAGUUGUUACCAUGGCUCUACAGCUUUCUAGACGCGAAGUGGAAGACUUGCGGUCGUCACUUGACCGCGCUAUUUACAGGACAAUCGGUAAAUCCGACAGUUCACUCUUGUCAACAGUUUCGUCGUGUUUAACGAAUGGGUAUGAACGUCGAAAGAUCAUAGAUAAGAUCUCAUCACAUAUAGACUCAAAGAAGGCAAGCAAAUUAGCAGAUAAGGUGCUGGCGCUAGCACAAGAACUGAUAUCCAGCUCCAAGACACAGAAAAGGAAACACGAGUCUAGUGAUAAAGAUAGAGAUACAAAGAGAUCACGACAUGAAGACAGAGAGCCAAGAGAAGAGAAACGCGAAUCGAGAAGUGAGAGGGACAGGGAGGAGAAAGAAAAGAAAUUUGGCAAUGGUAUGGACGUGCCAUCUAUAUUACCUGAAGGUGAAACUGUUGGUUCUAAGAUGGCGGGGCUCAGUGCUGACAAAAUUAAGUUAAUGAUGGCCAAUGCUCAAAAAGAGAUAGAAGAACGCAAGAGAGCGCUAAUAGCGAUGAAGGGCGAGCAGAGGCCCAGCGUGAACGUGGCCGCGGCUGCCGCGCAGCAACUGAAGGUUCAGAUGCAGCAGAACAAUGCCAUACCUCCCCCGAGUGUUAUCAAACCUGUUCUCUAUUCGAAGCCAUCUGCAGCGCAGCUGACACACGAGGAGUUGGAGAAGCAGAGGAAGAUCGCGGAGCUUCAAGCCAGAAUACAGAGGAAAUUGGCGGGCGGAGCGCUGGCGGCCGCGGGGGCUGCGGGGUCCGGCCCAGCUCCUCUGAUCCUGGACCGCGAGGGCCGCACCGUGGACACCAGCGGGAAGCGGGUGCAGCUCACUCACGUCGUGCCAACGCUCAAGGCGAACAUCCGCGCGCUGCGACGCGAGGAGUUCCGCGCGCAGCUGGCCGGCAGUGCGAGCGUGGGCGUGGGUGCGGGCGUGGGUGGGGGGGCGGGCGUGGGGGCGGCCUCGUGGCUGGACGAGCGCGUUGCCAGCAAGCCGCCGCAGCGCGCGCGCCGGCCGCUGCGCUUCCAUGAACCUGGCAAGUUCCGGCAGCUGGCAGAGCGACUGCGCAUGAAGGCUCAACUGGAGAAACUUCAAAAUGAGAUCAGUCAGAUCGCGCGCAAAACGGGAAUAUCAUCAGCGACCAAACUGGCUCUCCUGGCCUCCGACACACCCGACAGUGAUCGAGUACCAGAUAUUGAAUGGUGGGACAGCGUGAUCCUGAUGACGCCAGAAGAGCGAGAAGAGAAGAGAAAGAGAAGCAAGCCGUCGGACGACUCGCGGACCGAUACCCAGCGGGUGGACGCUUGUAAUGUGGGCGCGGACGAUAUCGUGGACAACCUCAACGAGGACGCCAUCACCAACUUGGUGGAGCACCCGCAGCAGUUGCGGCCACCCAGUGAGUCCACCUUUUUUUGA